UCUGGGUCAGACACGUGCUUGUAUGUCAAAUCUGUCAAAUGAAUGAUUUUUAUAUUUUGAGUGAUAAUUAAUCGUUUGGUGUUAAUUAACCAAAAGUGAAGAACUUUCUUUUGUGAUUUAAAGUUAGUUAAUUAGUGUGAAGAACUUUGUGAAGUCAUAUAGACAUAUAUAUAGUACCUAACGUGCUUGUUCAGCUUUGGGUUAGAUUUCAUUAAUUUUUACUUUUAGGUUUGUACGAAAAGAUGGGUUCUAGGAAGGUUAAGAGUCCCAUUUUGAAAAAGUCUUGGAAAAGUGAUUCAAUGAACGAUAAUUCCAAUAGUGAUGCUUCAGAUGCCGAUUAUGAUGGUAAUAGUUUUCAGAAAGUUGCUAGGGGCAGUAUUAAAAAGCGUCGCAUGAAUCUUCCCACUGAAUCAGUUAGAAUUUUAAAGCGGUGGCUUUUUAAUCACAGACAUAAUGCCUAUCCCAAUGACUUCGAAAAAUCAUCUUUAAGUCAGGAAGCUAAUCUAACCAUAUCACAAGUUUCCAAUUGGUUUAUUAAUGCUAGGAGAAGAAUUUUACCAAAAAUGAUGAGAGAUUUUGAGGAUUCUAUACAUCAGCCAGCUUUGGAACAGGAGACGAGGCGAAAAAACUUAGUUUCUGGCGUUUCUUUAGACAGCAUGGAAAUCAAAGAUGAAAUUAAGAUUGAGUAUGAAGAUGGUGUUUGGAGCCCAAACAAUACUUCAUUCCAUCCCAAAACUGAAGAAUUCCCAGACCAAGCAAAUAAGUUCAGUGAUUUCGUGAGUGACAUUAUAAAGAUAUCUAAUCCAAGCCCUGAAACUGUGUGUUAUAUACCUAAUAGUUGUAGUGACAGUUACAACUAUACUCAUGAAAGUGAAGAUCCCUUUAAUUGUCUGAAUGUACUUGUUGAAGCGGCUAUGGUUGUACGUCAGAGAGAAUUAGAGGCUGGAGUUUGAGUUUUAAUUGAAGUUUUUGGCAGAUCAAUCACAAUUUAGUGUACAAUGUUGGAUUAAAUGACAGUCUAAUGAAGUGAAUCUCUAAUGAAGACACAGUGUGUACAAUAUGAGAUAAUUCCUUGGAAUAUGAGUUGUGGUUACUAUAAUUUAGGCCUAUUGGAAGAAAUUUGUCAAAUCUGUUAUGUAUUCUAUGGCUUUAUACCAAAGAAGGAUGUGCGUUAGAUUUAUAGUAAUCUGUUCGACAAUGUGUAAGUCCUAAGUACUCUGUAGUUUCGUAUCUGCUCAUUUUUUACUUACAGAUCUAGUAGUAUAUAUUUUUCUUUCUCUAUUUUUUUUUUUUUUUAAUAACCACAAUGUGUUCGUAGUGAAUAUUAUAGAUGAAUUUGUAGUGAUAGCUCAAAUGGAAUAAAUGUAAAUUUGUCUUUAAAAUAAUGUACAAAGGAAUAUUAAUCAAACGUAUUGUAUUCUGCUAAAAAAAAAAUUUAACAUAUAUUAGGAAACUGUUGUAACAUUUAAACAAUAAAUGAUGACCACUUCAUCCUAAUUUUGUCAAAUACUAAUCAGUAUUAUCUGAGUUAUAGGUUAAAGGAUUUGAACACUAAUUUUAAAUUUAAUGCAAUAAAACAUGAGUGCUU